CAUAUACAUAAUAGGGACGAUCCCCACUCAGCCCCCCCCAGAGCUUAUCAACUAUCUACGCGAGCUCAAGGGGUCAUACUAGGUCUUGCCAACGUGCACAUUAUUUUAGUUUUCCAAAUUUGCCAUUUUUGUUAUAUAGGACAGCAUGGCUGAAAUAGUCUCUGAGAAAGUUGCCAUCAUUGGGAGUGGAGUCAUUGGUCAGUACUGGGCCAUGAUCUUUGCAAGUGGUGGUUACCAUGUGUCUUUGUAUGACAUUGACCAGUCCCAGGUUUCUCGUAGUUUAACAGCAGUGAAAGAGCGACUUGAACGAUACGAGCAACAAGGUUGUCUGAGAGGUCAAACAUCAGCCGCUGAACAGGUCGUACUCAUUUCAGGUCACACCAACCUCACAGAAUGCCUGAAAGAUGCAAUCUAUGUUCAGGAAUGUGUUCCUGAGGUUGCUGAGCUGAAGACAAAGGUUUUUGAACAGAUGGAUGAGAUGCUUUCAGACAGCAUAGUGGCGGCUAGUUCAAGCAGUUGUCUUGGUCCCUCAAUGUUUGCAGGUGGAAUGAAAAACCGUGACAGAGUUGUUGUUGCACAUCCAGUGAAUCCUCCUUACUUCAUUCCCCUGGUGGAGAUUGUGCCAGGACCCUGGACUGCUCCAGAUGUCAUUCAGAAGACACAGUCCAUAAUGCGGAAGGUUGGCCAAUCACCAGUAACAUUAAAGUCAGAGGUGCCAGGCUUUGCACUCAACCGCAUUCAGUACUCUAUUAUUAAUGAAUGCUGGAACAUGUUUAAGGAGGGUAUUUUAAGUGCUGAAGACAUUGAUGUUGUGAUGAGAGAUGGACUGGGGCCUCGUUAUGCUUUUAUUGGGCCUCUGGAAACAAUGCACCUCAAUGCUGAUGGAAUCGUGGACUACUGCAAGAGAUAUGCAGAUGGAGCGUACAAAGUGGGUCAGACCCUAACUAUCCCACCUGUUCAAUAUGAUGUCCCAACAGCCGAGAAAGUUCUAGAAGAAAUUGGCAAGAAGAUUCCCCUUGAAAAGCUAAGCGAACGUCGUCAGUGGAGGGAUGAUAGACUUGCCGCCCUUGCUACACUCAAACGGCAAGGCUGACAGCAAAGACAGGGGAGACCACUAAAUAUCAUUUUUGUUUUUAUUUGUUCCAAGAUAUAACUUGUCAGUAACUUUUAUUAUAUUAUCUACUUCUUAAUUAUUUAUUUGCAUAAAUGGGGUUGGAAUCCUUGUAAAUGUUUGUUAAGCAGAGUUCAGUGAUGGGUUUGUUAAGUGUCCUCAAAUUCAAAGAUAAAAAAAAUUCAAUGUUUACAUGGCUUUAAUGAAUAUAUAUGUAUAUAAUUUGUGCCAUAUCAUGCAAAGUGCCUUAGUCUUGCAUGUGUUAAAAAACACAGUUAUUAUGAGUAACUAGUAAUUCCAAAGAGAAACAUUCUAACUAAAUGCUUUUCAGAAAUUCAUUAACUAAUUGAGAUAUGCUGUUUAUGGGGAGAUAAUUAUAUUAACUAUAAUGGAUCAACUACAAUUUGUUUAGCAUAUGCAUUGGAGUACAUACAUGAUUUCAGAUGUUACAUUUAUAAUUUCAAUAAACCUCAAGUAUUU